UCCCUGGGCAGCCCCUCCCCAUAGAUUGGCCUCCUGCCCUAUAAAGGCUCUUGGGGAUCCCAGGCACCCAGACUCGGCACCCCAGCUUUGGGGACCAGUAGAUGGCCAUGAAGCUCAGCUGGACACUCGUGGGGGUCCUGGUCCUUUGCCUGUUUGCUGGAGGCAUCUCAGGCAGUGAGGACCACCCGGCUCCCCGAUCUGCAGAGGCCAGAGAAGAGGAGGGGCCCCCACCACUGCCUCACGGCCCUCCAAUUCCCGGGGAUCCCUGGCCAGGGGCACCCCCUCUCUUUGAGGACCCCCCACCCCCAGGCCCCAGCCAUCCCUGGACAGACCUGCCUGACAGUGGGGUGUGGCCACCUCAGCCCCCUAGCACCGAUCCCCCCCAGCCUCCCCGGCCUGAUGAUCCCUGGCCGGCAGGACCUCAGCCCCCAGAAAACCCCUGGCCACCCGCCCCCGAGGUAGACCACCACCCUCUUGAGGAGCCAGAGCUUGACCCACCCCGGGAAGAGCACAGAUGACAGGGUCCCCAGGCAGAGCGCACCCAGGCCAUCUCUACCCUUCUGCUUCCUUUUAAACUCCAGUUUUGUCUGACUCCUUAUUCCUUUCCUCAUUCCCUCAGUUUUGUUCUGAACAUGAAGGCGUCCUUAGUAUUUAGUCCCCUCCGGGGACCCACAUUUAGCCCGCACGUCCCCUUCUGUUUUUCUCCGACACCAAAGCACGCACUCCUACCUCACCCGCUCCUCUCCCUGCCCCUGCCUCCACCUCCUCCGGAUGCCUGGGGUCUGUGACGCUGGACAGGGCCCCCAGCAGCGCUCCCUGCUGCCACCUGGUGGUCUACAGCUGGGACCCACCGGUCGACAACCACGGAGAGUCCGCGAAAUGGAAAGAAUAAAAAUGUUUUCUUAAUUCUGAA